CUGAUCGCUCUCUAUCUGCUGCCCUGUGCCCUCCAUCCCUCGGCGAUCAGACAGGCACGGACAGGGGAUAUCCGAGGAGGUUUGGGCGAGGAUGGGGAGACACAUCUGCCGUUGCUGAAGGAAGUCUGAUGUAGACGCUGAGCCAGAGGAGAGCCCAGGCAGCAGCAGCAGCAGCAGCAGUAGCAGCAGCAGCAGUGGGGCUGUAAAUGCCCUGUCCACAGCUCCGGCCCCCCCUCAGGCCUCUGCAGGAGAGCCAGGACAGAGAGGAGACAGCUCCUGCUCCGACUCUGAUAGUCCUGUAGAUUCCAGCUCCUGCGAGGAGGAGGAGGAGGAGGAGGAGGAAGAAGACGAGGAGGAGGAGGACGAGGAGGAGGAAGACCCUGCAAUGUUCUCCUCUAAGUUCCUUAGUGGGGCCAACCCCCUCAGUGCUGUUUCCUCUGCUGUGAAUAAAUUUGGUAUAUUUGGAGAUGAUGGGGAUGGGGAUAAAAAUCAAAAACCACCUCCGCAGCAGGGAGUGAAGCCUCCUGGAGACCAGCAGCCAGGAGGAGGCCCUGGCAAAAGUCCUCAACAACAGCAGAGACGCCAGACUUCAGGCCAGCCCCCACCUACUCAACAGAAACAAGGAACACCACAGAAUGGCCAAGCUGGGCCUCAAAACAAGCCUGGAGGCCAGCAAGUUGCUGCAAAGGAAGAAGGUAAACAGCCUGGCAGCCAGAUUAAAGGAGGGCCACAAAAUAAUCAGCCAAAGGGACCACCACAGCAAGGUUCACCUAAGCCUGGAGCUCAACAGCAGAAUGUGACUAAGAGUGGAGCACAACCUGAAUCUGCAAAGGGACCACAACAACAGGCUCAAUCUAAGACAGGGAUGCAACAACAAGGUCCUGCUAAGACUGAUCCACAACAAAAAGAACCCAUAAAGACUGGGGUGCAAGGGUCACCAAAGGCUGUGCCACAAAAAUCUGGAUCACAGCAAGGCUCGCCUAAAGCAGGACAGCAGCCGCAGGGCUCACCAAGAACUGGACAACAGCCGCAGGGAUCACCAAGAACUGGACAGCAGCCGCAGGGAUCACCAAGAACUGGACAGCAACAGCAGGGGACUGGUAAACUUUUACAACAACAACCACAGGGCUCACCGAAGGCUGGGCAACAGCAGCAAGGCCUCAGGACUACACCCCAGCAGUCUUCGGAGAAAGGCCCUAAAGGCCCUGGAACACCUGGUCAAUCCAGGGCAGGAUCUUCAUCACCUGGAGUGACAAAAGCUGGAUCUCAGGCAAAAGCAGUAGCUAAGACCCUCUGUCCAGUGUGUAGUACAACAGAACUCAAUACGCACACCAAAGAACCACCUAAUUAUAAAACCUGCACACAGUGUAAAUCUGAAGUGUGCAGCUUGUGCGGUUUCAGCCCUCCAGACUCUGAUGGACGUGAGUGGCUUUGUCUUACCUGCCAGAUACAGAGAGCUCAAGGAGCUGCUGAGCCAUCAGGACCCCCAAUGAAAAAGGCAGCUUCCCCUGCACCUGCAAAAAAAGAGAUUUCAGCACCAGGUUCACCUCACAAAAUGCAGCCUGACAAGGCUCAAGCAGUAAAAGGACCAGAAAGUCAAAAACAAGUUACCACAACUUCAGGGUCUCAGAAACCAGGGCAGAGCCCUCAACCUGGACGCAAACAAAGUAGCACCACCGCCACUCCCCCACAGCAGUCAGGAGGUUUAUUUGGCUUUGGUGGUGUGAAAGCUGAACCUGCCAAGUCUGAAGAGUCAGUGACUGGGAAGAUGUUUGGUUUUGGCUCUUCUAUUUUCAGUUCUGCAUCUACUUUGAUAGCUUCAGCUGUUCAGGAUGAGCCUAAAACACCACCGGUCUCUCCAAAAAUGCAACCAGCAAAAGAGACGAAAACCCCUACUAGCCAAAAGUCAGAGCAGGAGAAGAAACAAGACCAACCCCAGCAGGCAAAAGCCCACGCACCAGGACAGACCAAAGUGGACAAAGUUGAGACUCAGAAGGAAGCAACAGCUUCUAAUGCUCCUAAAGGUGCCCAAUCCACUUGUCCACUGUGUAAGGUGGCGCUCAAUGUGGGCACAAAGAACCCUCCCAACUACAACACCUGCACUGAAUGCAAGAGCACUGUCUGCAACCAGUGUGGAUUUAACCCAAUGCCAAAUGUUAAAGAGGGGAAGGAGUGGCUUUGUCUAAGCUGCCAGGUGAAACGUGCUUCUGGAGGAUUUGAACCGCAAAAUGAGGCAUCUUUGGUCAGUUCAUCUAUAAAAAAGACCACCCCAGCACAACCCAUACCACAAAAGACUUCUGCACCAGGCUCGCCUCAGAGGAAAGCACAGCCAUCUAAGGUUGAAGAUACUAAAGGACCAGACCGAGACAGUCGUAAAGAGACCAGCCCUGCUACUACUCAGAAAAAGCCUCAGGAGAGCCAAAUGACAGGUCCCCAUAAACAGCCAGACCAGACAAGUCAGACAGCACAAAGCCAAAGAAAUGCCACUCCAGUGUCACAGCAAGAGACAGGAGGCUUCUUUGGUUUUGGUGGUUCUAAAACUCAGGCUGAAGCUGCAAAGCCUGCAGAGUCGGUGACAGGGAAGAUGUUCGGCUUUGGAUCAUCAUUCCUCAGUUCUGCCUCCACUUUCAUUGCCUCUGGUGCUCAGGAAGAGCCCAAAGUUACACCACCAGUUUCUCCCAAAAUGUCUGCUGCAAAAGACUCUAAAUCCCCCACUGCCAAGAAACCAGAGCAAGAGAAGAAACCUGAGCAACCCCAACAAACCAAGGGACUUCCAUCAGUACAGCCAAAAAUCAACAAACCUCCAUCAGAGCCUCCACAGAAAGGAUCAGCUUCUCCUGUUGUUUCUAAAACAGGCCAACAUGUCUGUCCUCUAUGUAAACUGGAACUCAAUAUUGGCUCUAAAGAUCCUCCAAACUACAGUACUUGUACUGAGUGCAAAAACAUUGUCUGUAACCAAUGUGGAUUUAACCCUAUGCCAAAUGUUAAGGAGGUGAAGGAGUGGUUGUGCCUCAACUGCCAGAUGCAGAGAGCACUAGGAGCAUCUGAACCUCCAGGAACCCCUAUGAUGAAACAACAGGCCUCGUCAAAUAAAGUCUCAGCCCCUGUUAAUGCUGUAAAAACAGAAACUCCGCCACAGGAUAAACCACUAAAGAAAGACAUUUCAGCGCCUUCUGAAUCUCAGCUAAAGGGGGCCUCCACACCAGCCUCCCCCAAGAAUAAACCAUUAACACCAGGUCAGCAGCCGGCAAAGGCUGAAGUUCCUAAAGGACCAGAAAAUCAGAAGCAGGCUAGUCCAGCUCCAGGACAGAAAACACCUCAAGAGAUUCGGAAGACAACUCCUCAGAAACCACUAGAGCAGACAGGUCCUGCUGGAAGGAAGAGUUCUACUAUUUCAGCAACACAAGAGGAAUCAGGAGGGCUCUUUGGAUUUGGUGGUCCGAAAACUCAGCCUGAAGCCACAAAGCCUGGUGAAUCAUUAGGUGGGAAGAUGUUUGGAUUUGGUUCUUCCAUCUUUAGUUCUGCUUCCACUUUAAUUAACUCAGCCGUCCAGGAUGAAUCCAAAAAAACACCACCAGUAUCUCCCAAAAUGCCUGCUGCCAAGUCAACCACAUCACCUGUUGCUCAGAAAAAAGACCAAGAGAAGAAACAAGUUCAACAACCAAUUACAUCUCCACAUCUCCAAGCCAAAUCAGAAAAAGCUCCAUCACAGCCUCCAAAGGACAAAACUGCUUCCCCAGCUGCUCCCAAGCCACGCCAGUCUACAUGUCCACUCUGCAAGGUGGAACUAAAUUUUGGCUCUAAGGAUCCUCCAAACUAUAACACCUGCACUGAAUGCAAAGAAACAGUCUGCAACCAGUGUGGAUUUAAUCCAAUGCCAAAUAUGUCUGAGGUGAAAGAAUGGUUAUGUCUGAACUGUCAAAUGCAAAGAGCUCUUGGUGCAUCUGAGCCUCAAGAACCUCCUAUGAAAUCACAAAAUGCUAAUAAGACAGCCAAUAAGACUUCUCCAGCUACUGCACAACAAAAGAUAUCAGCCCCUAUGGUUGAAAGUUUAAAAACUGAAACAUCAAAAACAGAGGCACCUCCAAAAACAGAAACAUCAGAUACAUUGAAACAGAAAGAGAGUUCCACAGUUCAUCAGAAGACUCCUCAGGAUAUCCAAAAGACAUCAGGGUCUCAGAAACCAACUGACCAGGCAAGUCAGCCUAAUAUAAAACAGAGCAAAGUUACCCCAGAUACAGAGCAGGAGUCAGCAAAACUCUCUGGGUCAAGUGGACCUAAAACAGCACCUGAUUCUUCAAAAACAACAGAGUCGGUGACUGGGAAGAUGUUUGGCUUUGGUUCCUCCAUAUUCAGCUCAGCAUCCACCUUGAUAACAUCUGCUGUUCAAGAGGAAUCACGUACAACACCACCAGGUUCUCGAAAGAUGUCUGCACCAGCACAAGUCUCCCCUAAGAUGACCCCUGUUCCCAAAGCCUCCCCAAAAAGUACACCAACAGUUUCACCCAAGAUGUCACCAGCAAGAGAGCCCAAAACUGCUCCAAAACCAGAGCCGGAAAAGAAACCAAUCCAAUCACAAGAGGGAAAAGAAAAUAAAGCUCCAUCACAGCCAGAAAAGACUCCUCCCAUUGCAGACAAAACAUCUUGUCCAUUAUGCAAUGACAAGCUCAAUAUCAACUCCAAAGACCCUCCCAACUACAGCACCUGCACUGAGUGCAAGACCAUUGUUUGUAAUCAAUGUGGAUUUAAUCCCAUGCCUAUGGGAGAGGUUAAAGAGUGGCUCUGUCUGAACUGCCAAAUGAAGAGAGCAGUGGCAGCAUCUGAGCCUCCAGGGCCUCCAACACUGAAGUCCCAGACAUCACCUAUCAAAGUUCCUACUCCUGCUGCUGUCCAGAAGACAGAUUCUGCCAAACCAGCUACACCUCAACAGGACACUCCAGAGUCUGCAUUACAAAAGAAGGAAACCUCACAAUCACCUCAGAGGAAAAAGUCUGUUUCAGCUGUACAACAGAGCAGUCCAGCACCAGAUCAUAAAACAAUACAGCAGAGACCUCAGAAAACUCCUGAUCCUGGAGGUCAACCUGCACGGAAGCAGAGUAAUGCAUCUGCAGGUACACAGCAAGAAUCCGGAGGCUUCUUUGGGUUUGGUGGUCCUAAAUCUCAGAUGGAUACCACAAAGCCAGCAGAGUCAGUUUCUGGGAAAAUGUUUGGUUUUGGUUCAUCUAUUUUCAGCUCUGCAUCCACUUUAAUUACCUCAGCUGUUCAGGAUCAGCCAAAGACAACUCCUCCUGUUUCCCCAAAAAUGUCUCCUGCAAAAGAGAUGAAAUCCCCAGCUACCCAGAAAGCAGAACAGCAGAAGAAACCAGAGGCAGCCCAGCAGACAAAGACCCCUCCACUAGGACAGGCCAAAGUGGACAAAACACCACUGGAGCCUACAAAGACCCAGGCAGCUUCUCGAGCAGUCGUCAAACCAGGGCAGUCCACCUGUCCACUUUGCAAGACUGGACUAAACAUAAAUUCAAAGGAUCCACCCAACUACAACACCUGCACAGAAUGCAAGAACACUGUGUGUAACCAGUGUGGAUUUAAUCCUACACCAAAUGAUACAACGGUCAAGGAGUGGUUGUGUCUUACCUGCCAGAUGCAGCGGGCACUAGGAGCAACGCAGGGUCCAGGAGCUCCCUCUGUUAACCCUCAGAUACCCGAAAAAUCCCCAAAGAAAGAUAUCACAAGCUCAGCUGCACCUGAAAAGAAAGACUUGUCAGCAUUACCUUUGGAUCAGAAGAAACCUUUGACUACAGUAGAGCAAGCAGCUCAGAAGACAGAAGGUCAGAAACAGACCAGCCCAAUUCCUCAGAAAAUGUCACAAGAGCCUGGCCUUAACAAAUCACCAGACCAGAUGAGGCCAACUGAAACUAAGCAGAGUAAACCACAGACACAGCAAGACUCAGGGGGCAUAUUUGGCUUUGGUGGUGGUAAAAAGACUGAUACUGCAAAACCAGAUGAGCCAAUGACUGGGAAAAUGUUUGGUUUUGGUUCAUCCAUUUUCAGUUCUGCAUCCACUUUGAUUACCUCUGCUGUUCAGGACCAGAACAAGACAACUCCACCAGUUUCUCCCAAGAUGUCUCCAGCUAAGGACAUGAAAUCACCAGCUGCCCAGAAGAAAGAACAAGACAAAAAACCAGAACAACCUCAGCAGACCAAGACUCCCCCUAUGACAAAAAUGGACAAAGCCCCUUCAGAGCCUGCAAAGGCUAAAAUGGUUUCUCAAGAAGCUGUUAAACCAGGGCAAUCCACUUGUCCACUCUGUAAGGUUGAACUCAACAUGGGCUCCAAGGAUCCACCUAAUUACAGCAUUUGCACAGAAUGCAAGAACACUGUCUGUAACCAGUGUGGAUUUAACUCCCUGCCAAAUGUGUCCGAAGUGAAAAACGGAGUGGUUGUGUCUGACAUGUCAGAUGCAAAGAGCUCUCAAAGCAUCAGAAGCAGUGCAGCCAUCACCGAUGAAACCUCAUGCAUCACCCAACAAAGUUUCAACACCUGCUACUGCUCUAAAAGACACCAGUGCAAAUCAAAAGAAAGAUAUUACCUCUGUCCAAAAAGCAGAACUACCAGAAGAAAACAAGAAGGACACCUUACUGCAAAAGACAGAGGAAACAGAUGUAACCCAAACAUUAACGUCUUCUGCGGUUUCUGCACCAGACACCACAACCUCUGUUUCAGCCCUGGUUAAAAAGGACAUAAGUGGUUCAGUAUCUACCAAAGAGGUUCCAACUGCGCAAGCCACAAACAAAGCAGUUGGAGCUUCGCCUACACCCCCCCUUGAAACAGGUAUUGAAACCUCUCUUCAGA